CCUAAUUAGUUUAGAAUCAGUUACACUGCCUGAUGCUCGUUAGGACUUGCUGACAAGCACUGCCCCCACUGGCUUAUCCCUACUGCACCAGGAUUUACUUGUGAAUGUCAUUGUAACGCAGAUUUGGUGAAUCAGCCGAGUUCUAUGUUUGAUUCAUCAGCGAGAAAUUAUAUCAGACUGAAGUAAUGGCUGCCAAAGGGAGGGGAAGGGCUGCCUUUACAUUUGACAUCCAAGCAAUUGGAUUUUCAAGAGGUGAAUCUUUGCCAGAGACUCAGCUAACACCACUGCCAAUCUUUCCAUCUACAGAAUUCAAACCUGUACCUCUGAAAAUAGGGGAGGAUCAAGAUUAUAUACUUGCAUUAAAACAAGAAAUGCGAAAAACUAUGAAAUGCCUUCCAUACUAUAUGGGAGCAAAAGCUGACAAACAAAGCAUUGAAAGGUACAGUAAAAAGUAUGAAAUAGAGGCUGAAAGAAAAUUACAAAGAGAAUGGACACCAGACUGGCGAAUUCUUCCAAGGGAGAUGAAAGCUGUAAAGACAAAGAAAAAGAAGAGCAAGACUAGUACCAAACAGGCAGAAGGGAAAAAACCAGGCCCUGAGACUGACAUCUUGAAAAAAAUAGAGGAACUGGAGAAAAAGGGUGAUGGUGAAGAGAAAUCAGAUGAAGAAACUGAGAAAAAAAAGGAAGGAGAGGAGGGGGAGGAAGAGGAGGAGGGCGAGCCAGAAAUUGAAGAUGAAGAGGAACAUGAGGAAGAAAAUGAUUAUAUUUCUUCCUAUUUUGACAAUGGAGAUGCUUUUGAGGGCAGUGAUGACAACAUGGAUGAAGCCACCUACUAAAUAUUUAAAUACAUUGCUUUACAGAAUAUUUUUUUUAUUUCAAUGGGACAAAUUUGUGUACUGCUUCUCAUGUAUACUGUUUAUCAGCCAAUGCAACAAAACUUCUGGCCCUCCAUGUUACCAGUGCUUAUGUUCUAGGUACAAUUGCUGUGCCACUAGCUCUGUAUCCAGUUCUAAACUCACUGCAUCUGCAGCCUCCAAAUGAUGGAUGAUGGCCAUGCACCGAAGACUAAGUAUUGGGCAAAGCAUAAUGUCACCGUACAUAGAAAUUGUUCAGCUAAAAGAGCUCUACAUAGAAUGGUAUUGAUUUAUGUUUUCCUUAUGUAUGGAUUAGGGAGCAAAUUAAUUUAUGUAUGAUAUAAAGUUAUUGUAAUGCUAAAAAGAACUGUUUAUUUCAUGAGAAAUUUGUAUAGUGUCAGCAGAUGUUGAAUAAACUGUUGGUAUAUUUAGGGACAGUGAAAUCAGGUGCUAAUGGCCUCACUACUGGGCUAAUGUUGGUAUGAUGAAACUAACAAGAAGUACUGCAAUCUGAUUCUGUUGUAUUUAAUAAAGAAUUCACCCUUCACUAGC